CGAACGUGCCCGCGUGGGCGGCGGGGUCGGUACGUGCGCGUGAAGACCUUGUACGAUUGCCGCCACUGCGCGGCGAAGGCGUGCCAGUCGGCGUCUGUCAGGCUGGCGACUCUGGCCCGCAGCGAUGCGGAGAGGUCGCGCUGGGGAUCGUGCAGGGCGUCCUGGGCGUGUUUGGUCAGGGCACGGUGGAUCGAGGACCGCCAGUCGACGACGGUGCCGAAGACGUCGAAGAAGAGCGCCUGCAGCAUGGCAGUAAUAUGACAGUAACAUAUAUUACAAGCCUAGACGAGCAGCGCGAGUCGUUGAAGGCUUUAUAUUAUCAUGUAGAAAGUGUAUUUGACGAUUGUUUGGAAAUAAUAAGACAGACAGACGCGGUUAUGUGA